UUGUUCUGUCGACAUUGACGUUCUACUUUCUAAAGGGAGCGAAAAUCAACAGUCUGUAUUAAAUUGCUACUACGGCUUCAAAAUUACGUUAAACUACAACAUAUUUGAGAAGAUGCCGUCGAUGAAAGUGGAGGGUGACAGUGAUGGUGACGGGGAUAUGUCGGGAGGAGACACUGAGCGUUCAAAUGGGUCAUCAAGAGGUCCUGACAGGGAUUCCAGUGCUGAGGAAGCUGAUGAGCCUGACUCCGAUGAUUCCUCGGAGAUGGACGAGAGCGAGUGCGAGAGGAGGAGGAAUGAAUGCCUCGAUAACCUAGCGAACUUGGAGCGUCAGUUCUCGGUCCUUCGUGAACAGCUAUACUGCGAGAGAGUGAAGCAGGUAGACCACCAGCUAGCUGAGGUGCGUGGUGGACGCUCUCAAGAGUACCUCGGCCCUUUACGGAGGUUGCAGGAGAAUAUGAGGAUUAGGAUCGAGGUAGCUGGCAUCCUGAAGCAGAUGCGCAUAGAAAACAUAAAGCAUAAGUAUGAAGCGGAAGAGCAAGCAGCUCACCAACAUUUUAAGAGUGAAAAAUGGCUGGCGUACGAAAACUUAAGGGAAGAAAUCUUAGAGAAAAUUAAGAAACUUGAGGAGGAGCGUCACACGGUGGACCUCUGGUCUUGUGGGCCUGAGUGGGGACGAAAGAGGCGUAGGAGACAGGUGACUGUGUCCCCUCCCUACGUGGUCUACAUGCUGCCUGACGCCGACAUCAUGGAAGACUGGAGGCUCUUCAGGCAGCUUCUAGAAAGAACUGAUUAACGCUCUACAAAGAUUUUCUAGAUAUUUUUAUAAUGUGUAAGGUUAAAUCGUGAGAUAGAUCUGUAAAUAGUGGCCGAUUUGCCACUUUUAUACUACAGGUUAUAUGAGGAACGUUUUAAGGGUAAAAUGACCUAUUUAAAUCCAAAAUAUGUGGAUUUUAAAAGAUUUUAGUGUACUACUAAUGACAAAAACCGAUCGUUGUCCACAGAUUUUAAUUGAGAUAGGUCAUUAAUUGCGGCCAUUAGUAUUUACAACAAAGAGUUAAUUAUUCAAUUUCAAGGACAAUCUGAUUAUAUUUCUUGAAUCACAUUUUUGGCGGAGGUAUGACCGCAGUAAGUACUAUAAUUACAAAGAGAUGUUUUAAUGAGAAGAUUCCUAUAAGAUUUAUGCAGCUCACAGGAGACAUUGAAGAAUACAGUCUUGGCCAAAAGUAGUAGACACAUCUCUUCUCGCUGUUGAAGUAUUUACAAGUUCUUCGAUUCCAAUUUCAUUAUAUAUCUUUUGUUAAAAAGUCGCGCAUUUAUUUUCUACGCUCCACAAUCAAACACUUUCUGUACUUGUAACAAAACAAUAUAAUUUAUUAAACUGUUGUCUCUAGAUUUAAUCACAUAUGUGUACUAAUACUUUUGGCCGGCACUGUAAGUACAAUGUAUAUUUCUUAGCCAAGUUUUAAACCCUUUCUGGACGAUAUGAUUGUAUUUAUUUGUGUAGGGUACAAAACACAAGUGGUUGUGUAUGUUACCGAAUUAUGGAAAGAGAUAAUCAGGAUUCACUAUUCCAUGUGUCAAUUUGUACAUAGUAUUGAGUUCAAUGACUUUUGACUCGUCAGUAGUCAUUGGUAAUACUAUUGUAUUGUUGAUGUUGACACGGAACUAUUAUUUGGAGUAAAAAUAAAUGAUUAAAGUGUUU